AUGGAUAACGACCUCAAGAAAUGGAGCUACGGCUUCGUCGAGAAUGAGGAAGAAGAGGGCAGCGAAGAAGCGUUCGAAACUGGUGCGUUUGUCGUCUGCACGAAGAAGCGUCGCAUGCCACUGGCGCAAAUCGAUCCACCGUCCGGCGACUUAUGCACGAUGUGCGUGUUGGUUUGUUCCUCAAUCGAUGACGACGAUCGAAAAUUGUGGACCGACGCGUUGUCUGGCCGGUCGAUAAUUGAAAUUUACUGGCAAUCAGAUUUUAGACUAUUAGCGCAGAACGAGCCGUACUUGGAGCAUUAUUUUUUGUCCUCACUUCCAAUCUUUGCUGAAUCGACGUGUCCCCCUUCGGAGCUCGGACGGCAGCGUCGUCAAGUGCAGCUGAUUGAAACCGAGGUAAACACAGUGCAGCUUCGGGCUUGA